GGGCCGCGGGUCCGGUGCCGGUGGUGCCGCGGUGUGCGCGUCCCCCGCAGCGCCCAUGUCCCCCGCGGCGCCGGGACCAUGCUGUUCUCGCUGCGGGAGCUGGUGCAGUGGUUGGGCUUUGCCACCUUCGAGAUCUUCCUGCACGGGCUGGCGCUGCUGGCCUUCUCCGUGCUGCUCGUGCUGAAGGUGGACGGCGCGGCCGCGGCGCUCUCCUGGUGGGUGGUGUUCGUGCCGUUCUUCGCCGCCGAUGGGCUCAGCACCUACUUCACCACCAUCGUGACGGUGCGGCUGUUCCAGGACGGCGAGAAGCGCCUGGCCGUGCUGCGGCUCUUCUGGAUCCUCACCAUCCUCAGCCUCAAGUUCGUCUUCGAGAUGCUGCUGUGCCAGAAGCUGGUGGAGCACACGCGGGAGCUCUGGUACGGGCUCAUCAUGUCGCCCGUCUUCAUCCUGCUCCAGCUGCUCAUGAUCCGAGCCUGCCGGGUGAACUGAUGCCGCUGGCACAGCUCUGCCUCCCCGCGGGCUCGUAGCGA